UACCAAAAAUUAUCACACCCCAGGCCCAAUUGUAAACGACGUCAAUUUUAAUCAAAACGACCCCACGUUCUCACCGAGUACAAAUCCAGACUCAACCCUCGUACCCCAACCUUCGUUCUUCUCUCUCUCUUCCAUUUCCCAAUCCCUCUGCUUCGUUGACUCCAAAAUCGAUCUUCGUCGAAGAUCGGUGAUACUUCAACCUUCGUUUUCUUCACUACAAGAUCUAGUUCAAUUUCCACCUCAUACGUUUGAUUCAAAGCUCAACUCACUGAAUUUGAAGAUUCUUCAGAUCUGAGUGGUUUUGAUUUGGAUUUGUUGUUUGUGAAAUGACGGAUUUACCGAAGGAUUUACAGAAAGGUGAUUCGAUUCAAAUCAGAGAGGUAUGGAACGAUAAUCUGGAAGAGGAGUUUGUGUUGAUUCGUGAAAUUGUUGAUAAGUAUAACUAUGUUGCGAUGGAUACGGAGUUUCCUGGUGUUGUUCUUCGGCCUGUUGGGAAUUUUAAGCAUAUUAAUGAUUUUAACUAUCAGACUUUGAAGGAUAACGUUGAUAUGUUGAAGCUGAUUCAGUUAGGUUUAACUUUUUCUGAUGAGAAUGGAAAUUUACCUACUUGUGGCACUGAUAGUCCUUGCAUCUGGCAAUUCAAUUUUCGCGAGUUUAAUGUUAGCGAAGAUAUUUUCGCUGCUGAUUCGAUUGAGCUUUUGCGUCAAUGCGGAAUUGAUUUUAAGAAGAACAGCGAGCAAGGAAUUGAUGUGAACCGAUUUGGGGAACUUUUGAUGUCAUCGGGGAUUGUGUUGAAUGAUAAUGUUCAUUGGGUUACUUUUCACAGUGGUUAUGAUUUUGGUUAUCUUUUGAAGCUUUUGACGUGCAGGGCUUUGCCGGAUACACAAGCUGGAUUCUUCGAUUUGAUCGGGAUUUAUUUCCCGAUUGUGUAUGAUAUCAAGCAUUUGAUGAAGUUCUGCAACAGUCUUCAUGGUGGUUUGAACAAGCUUGCGGAAUUGUUGGACGUUGAGAGGGUUGGUGUGUGCCAUCAAGCUGGAUCGGAUAGUUUACUCACAGCUUGUACAUUUAGGAAGUUGAGGGAAACAUUCUUCAACGGCGAAACAGAGAAAUAUUCUGGUGUGUUGUAUGGAUUAGGUGUUGAGAAAACAGACUAAUUGAGAAAGAAAGAACAAAGUAUAAUUGGUUGUAGAGUACUGUCUUUUAAGUGUUGUGAGAGUCUCUUUACUUGUGUACACUUCUGCCAGAAAGAUAAUGGCUGUUGUUUACUUGUAACAUUUUCAUCAUCUUUGUUUGAAUUGUAACUGAUAAAACCUUAGCUUGUUUUGUUAGCUUGAGUUCUUUGUAAAUCACUUCAGUUUAGUGUUUCAACAAUAAUAAUUUAUCAUGAUUUCUUUAUA